CAAGCAUUGCAGCAACAGUUCUACCCCUACUAGUUUGACGCCAUUCCUUUGGUAAAAGAGGAAGUACUACUAGUAGCAUCUUCGAAAGGAAGCUCACCUACACCUACCAAAAUGGGAAGGUGCUCCCGCGCUUGGCUCCCGUUGCUUCUUCUCGCGUGUGCCCUCGUGCAGAGCUCCUACGGCUCGAGGCCGUCACCCCGGGAGCCGCAGAAGCACGGGGUGCUGUCUCCGACGAUGGUUCACGUCGCCGCCGAGGCGGAACCCCUCCGCCGCGACGACGGGGCGACCAAAGUCCGGCCCUCGACGGAGGACGGUGCGCCUGGUCAUCGUGGAGCAAACGCUCAUGAUGGUGCUGCUGCAACUUGGGCGAUGGGCGGCGUUGGCGUUGUGUCGUCGGAGCAGAGGAAGGGAUCAGGGGCGCCGGUGCUGCGGCAGGCGCUGGGAAGGAUGAUGCUGGGCUGGAAGCUGGCGCGGCGGGUGCUGGGAGGGGAGCCGGAGGACUCGGCGGCGGGGCCGUCGUGCCACUCCAACAACGCGCACAUCACCUGUGCCCCGCCGGCGCGGCACUGACCAUGACCAUGCCCUUGAUGUAGUCUGGCAGUAGUCUGGCAGCAGGAGCUAGUCCUUCGUCCCUUGAUGAUGCCUUCAUGUAAAUUAACAGUGGCUCUU